CGGCUGCGGACGGGCGGCGGGGCCCGGUGUGCGCGUGUGCGCGCCGCGGUGACGGUGCACGCGGCUGGGCGGGUUUCGAGGGAACCCCGCGCCGAGGAGGAGGGGGCUCCGUCCGGAUGGAGAGCCGUGGACGCUGCGCCUGCCAGAGUGCGCGUUGGGUGAGCCGGCGGGACUGACUGUUGACAUUCUAUCCACGUCAGGAGUGUGGUAAGGAUCGACAAGACCAUGCUGGCCGGCCUGAAGGUCAAGAAGCAGGAGCUAUCCAACAGCUCGGAUGUGACCCUUCCAGAUCGUCCACUGUCCCCUCCUCUCACUGCCCCCCCUACCAUGAAGUCUGCAGAGUUCUUCGAGAUGCUGGAGAAAAUGCAGGGGAUCAAGCUUGAAGAGCAGAGGCCAGGACCCCAGAAGAACAAGGAUGACUAUAUCCCAUACCCCAGCAUCGAAGAGGUUGUGGAGAAGGGGGGCCCAUAUCCUCUGAUCAUCCUUCCCCAGUUUGGGGGCUACUGGAUUGAGGACCCAGAGAACGUGGGUACUCCAACAUCACUGGGCAGCAGCGUUUAUGAGGAGGAGGAAGAGGACAGCCUGAGCCCCAACACGUUCGGCUACAAGCUUGAGUGCAGGAGUGAAGCCAGGGCCUACCGCAGGCACUUCCUAGGCAAGGAUCAUCUAAACUUUUACUGUACUGGCAGCAGCCUGGGGAACUUGAUCCUGUCCAUCAAAUGCGAAGAAGCUGAGGGCAUUGAGUACCUUCGGAUCAUCCUCAGGUCCAAAGUGAAGACAGUGCAUGAGCGGAUCCCCUUGGCUGGAUUGAGCAAGUUGCCCAGUGUCCCUCAGAUUGCCAAGGCUUUCUGUGAUGAUGCAGUGGGGCUGAAAUUCAAUCCUGUCCUGUAUCCCAAGGCUUCUCAGAUGAUUGUGUCCUAUGAUGAGCAUGAUGUCAACAACACUUUCAAGUUUGGGGUCAUUUACCAAAAAGCCAGGCAGACACUGGAGGAAGAGCUCUUUGGGAACAAUGAGGAGAGCCCAGCUUUCAAGGAGUUUUUGAGUCUCCUGGGCGACACCAUCACACUGCAGGACUUCAAAGGCUUCCGAGGAGGCCUGGAUGUGACCCACGGACAGACAGGGGUGGAGUCGGUGUACACCACUUUCCGGGACCGGGAGAUCAUGUUCCAUGUCUCUACCAAGCUGCCCUUCACGGAUGGUGACACCCAGCAGCUGCAGAGAAAGCGACACAUUGGGAAUGACAUUGUGGCCAUCAUCUUCCAAGAAGAAAACACACCAUUUGUCCCAGAUAUGAUUGCAUCAAACUUCUUACAUGCCUACAUAGUUGUUCAGGCUGAGAGCUCAGGCACAGAGACCCCAUCCUACAAGGUGUCAGUCACUGCAAGGGAAGAUGUGCCUGCCUUUGGUCCUCCUCUGCCAAGCCCACCUGUUUUCCAGAAGGGUGCAGAAUUCCGGGAGUUUCUGCUCACCAAGCUCACAAACGCAGAAAAUGCUUGCUGCAAGUCGGACAAGUUCGCCAAGCUGGAGGACCGGACCCGGGCUGCUCUCCUGGACAACCUCCAUGAUGAACUCCACACACACACUCAGGUCAUGCUAGGCCUGGGCCCCGAGGAGGACAAGUUUGAGAAUGGGGGCCAUGGAGGAUUUUUGGAGUCUUUUAAGAGAGCCAUCCGUGUGCGAAGCCAUUCCAUGGAGACCAUGGUGGGUAGCCAGAAGAAGCUGCAUGGUGGGAACAUUCCUGGCAGCCUCAGUGGGGGCAUUGUCCACAACAGCAUGGAGGUCACCAAGACCACCUUCUCUCCUCCAGUGGCCGCAGCAGCAACCGUGAAGAACCAGUCGCGGAGCCCCAUCAAGCGGCGGUCGGGACUCUUCCCCCGCCUGCACUCGGGCUCUGAAGGCCAAGGGGACAGCCGAACACGAUGUGACAGUGCCUCCAGCACUCCCAAAACCCCGGAUGGCGGACACUCUUCUCAGGAGAUAAAGUCUGAGACCUCGUCAAAUCCCAGCUCUCCAGAAAUCUGUCCCAACAAAGAGAAGCCCUUCAUAAAGUUGAAGGAGAAUGGCCGCGCCAACAUCUCCCGGUCCUCCUCCAGCACCAGCAGCUUCAGCAGCACUGCAGGGGAGGGCGAGGCCAUGGAGGAGUGUGACAGUGGGAGCAGCCAGCCAUCCACAACCUCACCCUUCAAGCAGGAGGUGUUUGUCUACAGCCCGUCCCCGAGCAGCGAGGGCCCCUGUGUGGGAGCUGCUGCCACCCCCAUCAUCAUGAGCCGGAGCCCCACAGAUGCCAAAAGCAGAAACUCUCCGAGGUCAAACCUGAAAUUUCGCUUUGAUAAACUCAGCCAUGCUAGCUCCAGUGCGGGUCACUAAUGUGAAAGUGAAGUCCUUCCCCUGUGCAAGGGAAGUCUUGAUUCUGGCCUGCAGAAGGCUCCUAUUCCAGCGGUUUGGGGGUGCCAUCCACUACUCUGACCAUUCAGGCCUGCUGUCUCACUGGCCAGCUGCCCAGCAGACCAGCUGUCUGUCUGUUCCAUGACCUGGCCGUGGCCUUGCUGGCUCCUUCUCCACAGACCUGAAAGCCCCAACCUCUACUCCCGACCUCCUGAUGUGACCGGCUGUCUAAGUCAACUGUCACCUUGUUUUGCCUGCUGGAAAAGAGUUGGGCAAGGGGGAUUCUGGGUCCCAGGGCGCUCAGUGAGAAGCUGGGGAGCUCAUCUGCUCCAGAGACAGAGGGGGUUGUGUGGUGGGGAGCAGAGGUGACAGAG